AGCUAAUUUAGCUUAGUGGUUGUAAACAGGUUAAACGUAAGUCAUUUUAAUUUAAUUACAGCGUCAAGUGUUUUGUAUUUAAACAUGGUUCAAGUCCAGCUGCUGAGAAAGUUGCUGAAACAGCGACUAACUGCUGCUGAUGAAGAAUUAUUUGAAUUGUUUGAAAGAACGAUUGCCGAGUACGACGACGAAAUCGGUCGUUUAAAAGAAGAAAACAAACGGUUUAAAGUGCUGGAAGCUGUUUUCAAGCCCGAAGUUCGCUUAUACAGAGCAGAGUUGCAGCAGAAGUCAGUGAGUAAAGAAGAUGUUUCUCCUGAGCAGCAGGAGUGGAAUCUGAGUCUGACCCAGGAAGAACCAAAACCCCUUCAUGAUCAAGAAGAAGAGCAGCAUCACUGGCUGGAGAAGGCAAAUUUCACCAAGUUCCCUUUUAUGGUUGUUGUGAAGAUGGAAGAUCAUGAGGAAGAGCUUCAGUCAUCACGGCUUUAUCAAAACCAAACCGAUGAUGGUGCAGAGGCAGAGCCUAUAGCCAGUCACACAAUUGAAUGCAUCACACCAAAAGUAGAAACUGAUGAAGGACCACAACUAGCAAACAACUCCAGUCCAUACUGUAAUUUACAACCAGAUGCUGUUGGCUUGAGUUCAGACUGUUCUGAAAGUGAAACUGAUGACAGUUAUGAAUGGAAGCAGACCAGGGGACCUUAUUCAGGUUUCAACUGUCUGACAAACAGUGACUUUUCUGUCAGUGACAGCAGUGCUGGCAUUACUAGGAAACUGUUUAACUGCUCUGAAUGUGAAACAAUAUUUGGCCAUGCAAACUAUUUCAGACAGUAUGAGAAAAGACAAACAAGUGAGAAAGCUGUAAAGUGCCUUGAGUGUGAAAGGUGUAGCCAAGAGGGCCAUCUCAACAUAGACAGAAUUCAUACAGGAGAUAAACCGUUUGGCUGUUCUGAGUGCAGUAAAAGAUUUAGGAAUAAAAGCAGUUUGCAGGUGCAUGUUCGGAUUCAUACAGGAGAGAAACCAUUUCGCUGUUUUAAGUGUGAUAAAAGAUGUAGAACAAAAAGUGCUUUGAAGACACACAUGAGAAUUCACACAGGAGAUAAACCAUUUAGCUGUUCUGAUUGUGGUAAAAGAUUUAGAGAAAGUGGUAGCUUGAAAAGACAUUUCCGAAUUCACACAGGAGACAAACCAUUUGGUUGUUCCAACUGUGGUGACAAAUUUAGAGAAAGGGGCAGCUUGAAAAGACAUUUGCGAAUUCACACAGGAGACAAACCGUUUGAUUGUUACAGAUGUGGUGAAAAAUUUAGAGAAAAGUGUACUCUGAACACACACAUGCUCAUUCAUACAGGAGAGAAACCAUUUGUAUGCUCUGAUUGCGGUAAAAGAUUCAGACAAAAGGGUACCAUGAAUAAACAUAUAAGAAUUCAUACAGGAGAGAAACCAUUUGGCUGUUCUGAUUGUGGCAAAACAUUCAGGGAAAGGGGACAUUUGAACAGUCACGUGAAAAUUCAUAUCAGAGAGAAGCAAUUUGAUUGUUCUGAUUCAUGAAAAUUUGGGGGGAAAAAAGUGUUUUAUGAAUACACACAAGCAUUAGUACAGGGGAGAAAUAAUUUGUUAUGUAUACGAGGUGUAUUAGAUAAGAAACCGACACUUUUAUUUAUUUUUUUAACUAUAUGGAUUUGAAUGAUGUGCGAUU